AUGUCAGUGUCUGGCAAGAAAGAGUUUGAUGUGAAACAGAUCCUAAGGCUACGCUGGAGGUGGUUUAGUCAUCCUUCUCAAGGUUCGCCCAACACUGGAAACUGCCUUCAGCAGGAAGGAUAUGAGCAUAGAGGGACCCCGGUUCAGGGCAGGUUGAAGAACCACUCUCGGGACAGAAAUGGACUGAAGAAAAGCAAUAGUCCUGUCCACCACAACAUACUGGCACCAGUGCCAGGAUCGGCCCCUGCCCAUCAAAGAGCCCUUCAGAAUUGGCACUCACAAAACCUGAUAGAACAUCUUCGAUCAAAUGAAGAUACUCCUAAAGCACUUCCAGAGGAGAAUUUGUUCAAAGAAGCUUGUGAGAAACACUCACAAGAUUUGGAGAUGAUGGCUGAUGACAAUACAGAAGAUUCUACAGCAAGAUUAGAUACACAGUAUCCUGAAGAAAUGAAUGUUAGCAGAUCUGAGGAGCAGUUCCAUGCUGUAAACCAUGCGGAACAAACUCUUCAUAAAAUGGAGAACUACCUGAAAGAGAAACAAUUGUGUGAUGUGCUACUCAUUGCCGGACACCUCCGAAUCCCAGCCCAUCGGUUGGUUCUCAGUGCAGUGUCGGAUUAUUUUGCUGCAAUGUUUACUAAUGAUGUGCUUGAAGCCAAACAAGAAGAGGUCAGGAUGGAAGGAGUCGAUCCUAAUGCACUUAAUUCCUUGGUGCAGUAUGCUUACACAGGUGUCCUGCAAUUGAAAGAAGAUACUAUUGAAAAUUUGCUGGCUGCAGCUUGUCUCCUGCAGCUGACUCAAGUCAUUGAAGUCUGCUCCAAUUUUCUUAUAAAACAGCUCCACCCUUCAAACUGCUUAGGGAUUCGAUCGUUUGGAGAUGCCCAGGGCUGUACAGAGCUCCUGAGUGUGGCACAUAAAUACACAAUGGAACACUUCAUCGAGGUAGUAAAGAACCAAGAAUUCCUCCUGCUUCCAGCUAAUGAGAUUUCAAAACUUUUAUGCAGUGAUGACAUUAAUGUUCCUGAUGAAGAAACUAUUUUCCAUGCUCUAAUGCAGUGGGUAAGGCAUGAUGUGCAGGCUAGGCAACGAGACCUAGCAAUGCUGCUUUCUUACAUCAGACUGCCAUUACUUCCACCACAGUUACUGGCAGAUCUUGAAAACAGUUCCAUGUUUACUGGUGAUCUUGAGUGUCAGAAGCUCCUGAUGGAAGCUAUGAAGUAUCAUCUCUUACCUGAGAGAAGACCCAUGAUGCAAAGCCCUCGGACGAAGCCUAGAAAAUCAACUGUGGGAGCACUUUAUGCUGUGGGAGGCAUGGAUGCCAUGAAAGGUACCACUACAAUCGAAAAAUAUGACCUCAGGACCAACAGCUGGCUACAUAUUGGCACCAUGAGUGGCCGUAGGCUUCAGUUUGGAGUUGCUGUUAUUGAUAAUAAGCUCUACGUCGUGGGAGGAAGAGAUGGUUUAAAAACUUUGAAUACUGUGGAAUGUUUUAAUCCAGUUGGCAAAAUCUGGACGGUGAUGCCUCCCAUGUCAACACAUAGGCAUGGCUUAGGCGUAGCCACACUUGAAGGACCAAUGUAUGCUGUUGGUGGUCAUGAUGGAUGGAGUUAUCUAAACACUGUAGAAAGAUGGGACCCUGAGGGACGUCAGUGGAAUUAUGUGGCCAGUAUGUCAACUCCUAGAAGCACCGUUGGUGUUGUUGCAUUAAACAACAAGCUAUAUGCUAUUGGUGGACGUGAUGGAAGUUCCUGCCUCAAAUCUAUGGAAUACUUUGACCCACAUACUAACAAAUGGAGUCUGUGUGCUCCAAUGUCCAAAAGACGUGGAGGUGUGGGAGUUGCAACAUACAAUGGAUUCUUAUAUGUUGUUGGGGGUCAUGAUGCCCCUGCUUCUAACCAUUGCUCCAGACUUUCUGACUGUGUGGAACGGUAUGAUCCAAAAAAUGAUUCAUGGUCAACUGUGGCACCUCUGAGUGUUCCUCGAGAUGCUGUUGCUGUAUGUCCCCUUGGAGACAAACUCUAUGUGGUUGGAGGAUAUGAUGGACAUACUUAUUUGAACACUGUUGAGUCAUAUGAUGCACAGAAAGAUGAAUGGAAAGAGGAAGUUCCUGUUAACAUUGGAAGAGCUGGUGCAUGUGUUGUGGUGGUGAAGCUACCAUAAAGCUAUCUUUAUCUAAAGGAAGGAAACUGGAUAAUUUCAAGAAGUGGAGUAGGAAGAGGAGAGGAAGAAGAAAUAUGUUCUUUCCUUCAAUUAGUAAUCAAACAUGAAAAUUAUUGUGUCAUUUUAAUAUGUAGUUAUAAAUGCUCUCAUUUG